CCGUACCAACGACUCCACACCAUCUGUCCGUUCCAAAAGAUUUUUUGACAGGGGCGGCGCCGGGGAGAGCUGGAGUAUAUGAGGGGCCAUGACCCUCCUCCAGGACCGAGCUCGUGUAACUCUUGUCAUCAAUUUCCUGCGACCCUGUAGUCGCGGAAGCUUGCCAUAUCCAAUAUACAAGCUUUUCCAAGCCUCACAAGCCUUUAGCAUCCUGCUUGGGUGAAGACGCCGUGACGGUUCGACACACGACAAAACCACCAGAUUACAGCAACAUCGACGACUCGACGACCCUGGACAGCACCAUCCCAAUCGCGACUGCCCCAUUAUCGCACCCCUCUUUACCAUUGCGCCAACCCCAAGCAACAACUCCACGCCUAUCCUCCAUCGCGCUACCACCGCUAUCAUUACGCCAAGAUGGUCCGAACUAUGUUUGUGAAUCCCUUCAAGGCUCAUCAUGUCGACGAAUUCCCCGGCGUCCAUGUGCCUCUUGAUGAUUCCACCCAUCGCGCUUCUGUAGCUUCCACCCACCCACGCGCCUCCCUCGCUGCAACAGAGAAAACGACCAAAGACGACAAACCAGAAGAUGGCCUCACGCGCCCUGACAGUAAUGCAUCUAGUGGUGUUGUUAACCAUGGCUUGACAGUUGCAGCAUUGAAGGCAGAGAUUGAAGCAGAGGUCGCUGCUUCAGACAACGACACGCCAUAUGACCGCAAAUCCAAGGUUAUUAACAAAGCCUUGCAAGAUAUGGGCAUGGGCCGUUAUCAAUGGCAGCUUUUUGCCCUUUGCGGUGGCGGUUGGAUGGCCGACAACUUGUGGCUGCAGGGUGUUGCUCUUACACUACCACAACUCAGCGUUGAGUUCGGUGUCAGUGAGACGGAAGUCAGAUACACCACACUGGCGCUCUUCCUUGGUCUCUGCAUCGGCGCUUCCUUCUGGGGUACCGCUUCUGACAUUAUCGGUCGCCGUCUCGCUUUCAACUUUACUCUUUUCCUCGCUGGUGUCUUUGGUCUUGCAUCCGGCGGCGGGCCCAACUGGAUCGGCACAUGCGCACUCUACGCUUGCAUUGGUCUUGGUGUCGGUGGUAACCUCCCAGUUGACGGCGCUUUGUUCCUUGAAUUCCUGCCUCAAACAUCGGGAAACCUCCUUACGCUCCUUUCCAUCUUCUGGCCCGUCGGUAACUUGGUUGCCUCGCUUCUGGCUUGGGCUUUCAUUCCCAACUUCUCAUGCGCCGACGGUACUCCCAUCGGACAGUGCAGAAUGGAAGACAACAUGGGCUGGCGAUAUCUCAUUCUGACUCUCGGCGCGAUCACAUUCUUCAUGUUCAUCUGCCGCUUCUUCCUCUUCCAUCUUUACGAGUCACCCAAGUUCCUAUUGUCUCGCGGUCGUCAGGCUGAGGCUGUCGCCACCGUUUAUGGUAUUGCGCACUACAACAAGACGCACACUUGGCUCACCGAGGACAUUCUCAACCAAAUCGGUGGCGACCAGGAAGUCACCGGAGAAGACAUCAAGCUCGGCGUCUUCGAAAUCGUCAAGCGCUCCCUUAGCCGUUUCUCGAUGAAGCGCUUCAAGACCCUUUUCCAGGACAAGAAGAUUGGUCUCACCACCGCACUGCUUUGGUUCCAAUGGUCGACCAUCGGUAUGGCUUACCCGCUUUUCAAUGCUUUCCUCCCACAGUACCUGAAGAACUCGGGCGGUGGCGUUGAGAACGACAUCAGCAUCGUUUACCGUAACUACGCCAUCACCGCCAUCGUCGGUGUCCCCGGAUCCAUCCUCGCUUGCUACACUGUCGACCUCAAGUACGUUGGCCGCAAGGGCACAAUGGCCGUCGCCACCGUCAUCACUGGUGUUUUCGUCUUCCUCUUCACCAUCUCUUCCGAUUCCGACUUCCAGCUCGCUUUCACUUGUCUCGAGGCUUUCUUCCAGAACAUCAUGUACGGUGUCUUGUACGCGUACACACCUGAGGUGUUCCCCGCCCCAAUCCGUGGCACUGGUACUGGAAUGAGCAGUUUCUUGAACCGUGUUGCUGGACUUUGCGCGCCUAUUGUUGCUAUUCAAGCGGGUGGAAGUAACCCCAAGGCGCCAAUCUACGCCAGUGGUGGAUUAUUCAUUGCGGCCUUUUUCAGUAUGUUGGUGCUGCCAAUUGAGACGAGAGGCAAGCAGACUUUGUAGAUGGUACGCAUUAAGUACUUUGACGGCAGGACCGUAUGGUGUAGUUGCAUGGUAUCAUAUACCGCUAAGAAAUGACAACUAUCCACU